UCAACCCGCCAAUUCAUGUUCAAAUUGCUUCAGAAAAUUGAGGAAGGACGAAGUUGGUUGUCCCUCGAGUCGCCACUUUGCACGUAAUUACAAGUUAGUGGUAUAGUGUCCGCAUCUCGCGGUACCUCCUGCUAGUGUCGAUCAAUGGACGCCGCUUGCACGUUACACGGAAGUAGGAGAGAUGAGCCGCCGCGCGAUCUCACCAACACUACUGUUAAAAGAAGCUAAGAGAUGCUCGAGCCAGCAAGAAAACACGCCAGGAAAUCUACACUGGUCCUCUCCGCGCUGCUAUACUGGAAUGCCUGUGGUGUUUUAAAAUAGACAGAUUACACUUCUUGCAAACCUAGCGUGUGCUGUGUCAGUGGCAGCAACGGAAUAAGUUACCUUGGUCGGUGCCUGCAGCGAUGCCAACUUAUACCUAGACCAACAAUGCACAUGCACAGGUAAACAGCGUCCGGUGCUGCUCCAGGCUACACGUGGAUACUUUACAACGUCUCGGAGAGCAUGCAGUAAGCAAGGAUGUCCUCACUUGACAGUCCCCCGCAUGAGGAGGUGGUGCUCUCGGAGUCUGGAAACAUGUUCCCGGCGGCUGUGGUGUGGAAGGUGAACCUCCUCAUCGCCUUCACCAUCUGGAUCAUCCUGAUGAACGGACUCCUGGUCCUGGGGCUGCUCAAACGGAAGGACCGUCGCAACAACACCUACAACUUCCACAUCAUCAACCUUGCCAUGACCGACUUCCUGUUUGGCUGCACUGUACUUCCGGUGAAGGUGGACAUGUUUGUAAAUGAUGAGUGGAACUUUGGCGCGGAGAUCUGCCAGUUCUGGCUCAUGAUCGACAAGCUCCUGACGACGGUGUCCAUUCUCAUUGUGUUGGUGUUGGUUGCAGAAGGAUCUGUUGACUUAGCUAUCCCAGACCUCAGUCCAGGGUCCACACUGCCUCUGUGGGCUGUACUCAUCGCCGGACCAUGGAUCAUUGGAGCAGCGUUCAUCAUACCAUUCUUCCUGUUGCGGGCUGACUUCAGCAACAUACCUGACUGCAGGGCACAGUUUUCCGAUCUGGAGUUUGUCAUUCCACUUGUCACGUUCAUAGUUCCAGCCGCCGUGGUGCUGUGUCUCGCGCUUGUUAUAAUAAUCAUGUUGUUCCUACAGCGACCCCCGGCGGCAAUCAUACAUUCUCAGGAACGGCGUAAGACGGUGCGACAGCAGACAACAGCGUCGUGUGUGAUCUCCGUAGUGUUUGUUCUUAUGUGGGCGCCGUAUGGCGUCACACAGUUCUUGUCAAGUCUGAACCUGGGUAGUCAUCCUUCCUUCAGCCUCAUGCUAUGGGUCGCCUACGCAAACUCCGCCAUUACGCCUCUUCUGUGGCUCAUCCUCCCUGACGUGAGACGCGGGUUCCGAGACAUGUGCUGCUGCUGCUGUUACUGUUGCUGCAGAUCAAGUGACCCAGAGUCAAUGCCGCGACUGGACGGGUCCAGCAUGAGAGUGAUAGAGAACAAGUACUUUGUGUCGGGCAGACUGAGCAAUAUCCAGGAACAUGAGAGUCAGACAUUUGUGUGACCCCUCAAGGUCAUGUCCAGCAAGGUCAUGAACCCCGUGUACAGGGCUGUACACCUAUACCGACUAUUGUGAAUCUGUGUUGUGAGAAGCUUCUAUGAUGGAUCUUACACUAUAUUGGCUGGCAUGUUGUGUAUGUGACUACACACCCCUACGACGAUCGCUCGUCACGUUUUGUAUCCUCGAAUGUGUCACUGUUGUCGUGCAUUACAAUAAGAUGUGUUGUGAGUUGUGUGAGUGUUAGAUCAAUUAUGCAUGUAACUUCUAAAACUACAACGACACACAGACGAGCGGACAUGCAACAGCAGACCAACCGGUCUGUCGACUCC